UCUCUUUUCAAUCUGUCAGUUGGUUUGUUGUCGUGGUGUACGGUAGUGCCGGUAUAUCUUGAAAAAAAAUAAAAUUACCGUAUACUGUAAAAAACUAGUUAUUUGAGCGAAAAAAGAUUUUCUUUCUGUUUUACAAAAGUUAUUUCGUUGUGAAAUUUGAGUUUAAUACCCGAAACUAAUUUGGCAGCUCCGUGGAAAUGGAGAAUAAUACAAAUUUAGUGGUAAAAAGCCCUAACACAAAAUACACUGAAGAAUACAUUUUCUCAGAUUACGAAUAUGAGGAGACUUUGGUGACUAAAAAUGGCAACGAAAUUGUGGCUAAGCCGUACCACAAGUCUCUUACCAUCCGCACUGGGAGGAAGGUGGCCAAAGUUGGGGUGAUGCUGGUGGGCUGGGGAGGCAACAACGGGUCCACCUUCACUGCUGCCAUGUUGGCCAAUCGACACCAACUGUCAUGGGCCACUAAAAAUGGACAGAUGGACUCCAACUGGUUUGGAUCAAUAACGCAAGCCUCCACCGUCAGGCUGGGAAUCGAUGAGAAGGGUCAGGAUGUAUAUGUACCCAUGUCACAACUGCUUCCCAUGGUGCAUCCCGAUGACUUGUAUAUUGACGGCUGGGAUAUCAGUCCCCUAAACUUGGCGGAGUCUAUGGUGCGCGCCAAAGUCAUAGACUAUGACCUGCAGCAGAAACUCAAGAAGGAAAUGGCCACCAUGAAGCCGCGACCCGCUAUCUAUGACCCCGACUUUAUUGCGGCAAAUCAGGCGGAUCGCGCUACGAACCUGAUCCGCGGCACUAAACAGGAGCAGUACCUGCAAUUGCGUGCUGACAUCAAGGACUUCCGUGACAAGAAGAAGCUGGAUACAGUCAUCGUGCUGUGGACUGCCAACACCGAGAGGUUCUGUGAAGUUCGUCCCGGCGUGCACGACACAUCAGACAACUUGGAUCGCGCGCUACGCAACAAUGAGCCAGAGAUCUCGCCGUCUACUAUCUUCGCGCUGGCCGCCAUUGAUGAAGGGUGUUGCUACAUAAACGGUUCUCCACAAAACACUAUUGUGCCGGGUGUAGUGGAGCGCGCUGAUAAGGCGGGCGUGUUCGUCGCCGGGGACGACUUCAAAUCCGGGCAGACCAAACUCAAGUCUGUCUUGGUCGACUUCUUGGUCUCAGCUGGAUUGAAACCCGUGUCCAUUGUGAGUUACAACCACCUCGGUAACAAUGAUGGCAAGAAUCUGUCCGCGCCCAAACAAUUCAGGUCUAAAGAAAUCUCGAAAAGCAACGUGGUUGAUGACGUGGUGCAGUCGAAUUCCAUUUUAUACAAACCAGGAGAAAAGCCCGACCACGUCGUCGUCAUCAAAUACGUGCCGUAUGUUGGUGAUUCAAAACGCGCAAUGGACGAGUACACAUCCGAGAUCCUUCUCCACGGCCACAACACCAUAGUGGUCCACAACACCUGUGAGGACUCCCUGCUAGCUGUCCCUCUCAUCCUGGACCUGGUGGUGUUGACGGAGCUGUUCUCCAGGGUCUCAUUCAGGGCCGAGGACAGCCAGGCAGAAUGGAGCCGAAUGCACUGCGUGCUGUCGCCGCUGUCGUACCUGCUGAAGGCGCCGCUGGUGCCGGCGGGCGCGCGCGCAGUGCACGCGCUGUGGCGGCAGCGCGCGGCGCUCGACGCUCUGCUGCGCGCCUGUCUCGGCCUCCCGGCCUCGGCCCACGCGCAGCUCGAGCACAAGGUGCCGUUCUUGAUGUCGGAAUUGCGCUCUGGCCGCAUGUUCUCGGGCGCUGCUCCGCCCUCCAAGAAACAGAAGCUAGCUCACGCCAACGGAGAUCAGUAAAAUAUGACUGGUUUAAUAACUCUGUUUUCGCUCCUCACAUGUUUGGGGCUUACCAUCAUCUAAUAUGACCCAGUUUAGGAUCUAAAUCGUAUCCGAAGGACUAAAAAUUUGCUAUAGUUAUAUGGUAACCGUUUUUAAAAAUGAAAACGUAUAACUAAUUACUGGACUGAGCGAAAUUUAAAUAGGAAAUGAAUCACUUGAAAUUUAAUCUUAUUGCGGCAACCUUAAGGUUUUUGUUUAUUUCCAGAAUUUUCAGGAUGGUAUGUGAGUGUAACGGUCUGUAAUACUAGUGUGAUUUAUUUCAGGUUCCUAUAUUGCAUUUGCUCCGUAAAAAUGUUGAUGGUAGGCCUUCCCUAUAAAUAUAUUCCCAAUAAAUAUAAUUACGAAGUGGAUAAAUGUAAAUUGAAAUGAAAAUAUCAAAUGUUUUGUCCUUUUCACAUCAUAGGUGGUUUAUUUUUUAAAGAAUUUUCCUAUUUUUUUAAUUUUGAAUUAGAUCUAUUACUAUAUUCCGCAAAUUACGUAUCUACGUCCGUAUAUUAUUCAAACGAAGAUACAUUGAAUAAAAUACUUCGUAAUAUGUCGUCACUUCUAUGUACAUUUAUCCAACUUUACCACAUAAGGAAUAUAUAAGUUACAUUUUUAAAUGUAUGUUACACAUUUUCUGAUUGUUUACUUUAUUUUUAUUCAUACAGGGAGGAGCGAAAACGUUUCAUAUAAUGAUUUUUUAUAAUAAAUAUAAAUAUAUAUAUAUUUAAGCGCUACAGUUUUUGUUUAUAAUAUAUAAAUUACUUAUAACUUUAAAAAAUAUAUGUAUCUUCUAUGUGUUUAUUUCCGUAAAACUUAAGUUAUUCUACAAUAUCCUACGUUUUCUGUGAUAUGAAUUCGUGUAAUGUUUUAUUUAUUUAAUGAUUAUUUUGAAGACGUCAAAACGUCUAUAAAAGUAUUUAAGUAUGUACUUAAUUUAGUUUAAUAUUUUGUUUCAUUUUUCUCUCAUUUGUUAUUGUGCGUAUCGUCAUUACUGUGAAAAUAACGAAUGAAAAAUAUAUCUGUUGAAAUAAAUAAAAUUUUAUGUAGUUUUUAUUUGAAAUAUUAUUUUGUCUUAUUAAUUUUUACUGAGAUUCUUCGUACAUAAGUAAAAUACCGAGUAUUUUUUAUUUUUAUUGAUAUAUAGACGAAUAAUAUCAUAUCUUAAAUUUUUCAUAAUUAAGUAUUCGCGCAAUCUAUCGAUGUAUAGUGGUUGUAUCUGCUCACGCAAUGCUUCAAGUAUUCCAAAUAGUAUGUCCAUACUCGUCCAAUACAAAACUCUU